UUGAUUCAUUUAGGUCAGAGGGGCACACUUGAAUCCCCAACAAGUUGGAAAACAACAAUCGGAUGUAUGUAGCUGAUCUGUCGUUGGACGUGAUUGUCACAGUGCACAAGACGCUGGAUGUGUUUCAUCUCGUCUCUCCGUCCGCACACUCGACUAUAACGCUCGCAGUUGGUUGCACAGAUAAUCGAAUGGCUUAAUGGGGAUAUUUCAUUUACGCUUGUUCUGGGAGUGAAACGAAACUUACAUCUCAUUCUGUUCAACGCCAGAACCAAAUUACAUAGUCACAAUCAGCGACAAAUUGCAACGAUUUUUUGCUCGGUGGCUACAGUUUAGGAGGCUAAUCCAGAGAAGGGCUGCACUUUAGGUUGUGCUAACACUCGACGGCAACACGUGUUAACGGCCGCUGGUGUCACUGGUCCCUGCGCCUCGCCAACUAACAGUCAUCAUGGACCGAAGUGUUUAGCUACCUAACAUCUGCCAGCUAUUGUGUUCGUCUGUUAUUACUGGAUUUAGCAUGCUGGAAUCCCUGAUUCACAACAUCACUCACACCUUUGACCGACUUCACAUCGCAUUUCAACAGAUGACACCUUCAAGACAUUCACUCGACAAAUGUCAGAAGAAUCUCAAAUCGUGUCCACAAGGACACGCACUCACACGCUGCCCGGAAGACGGAGAGUACUCCUGUAAACAAUGCGGACCUCGGUUUUUCCAACCUAAUGAAAACCGAUUAGGCGAUAAGUGCCGAUGGAGGAAAAGAUGUGAUAAGCCGUUUAUGAAGUACAGCAACUACGGCAGCACAGUCAAAGAUGCAAUUUGUGAAUGUAAUCCCGGCUACCAUUUUGAGAACGAGGAUCAGAGAGCCUGUGUCCCAAACAGAGACUGCGACAAGGGUUUUGGUCAAGGCGAAUAUGGUGUAUGUGAAAACUGUAUUGAGAAAAUGAUGUAUUCCGAUGUAAAAAAUCCAAGACAAAAGUGUAAGCCUCUUAGAAACUGCGAGAAGGAGAGUCGAUGCACGAAAAAGAAAAGUAAUGGCACCUUCGACAAUGAAUGUGGCCCUGUAGUUAGAGACAUCAACGACUGCAGCAGUAUUGUAUCUCAAAUUGAUGGCCCAAACACAAAACUGAAAACAGCAGCCAUUAUAGGCGGUGUGGUGGGGGCUUUAGUUCUUCUUGUCCUCCUUGUACUCCUGCUCCUCUACAGACGGAAGAACCACAAGAAGACACACAGGAAUGUAAUCUUAACAGAGGAUCAACUCGAAGAACUCAAGAAUUUGAUCAUUCAAAAGUGCGAAAAAGAUGAUGAUCUAAGCAAAAAAGUGUUGGACGAAUCAUUCAGCCAGAUCGAGUCCAGGAUUGAACGACAGGCAUGGGGUCUGGCACAAGAUAUGUUCAGAUCACAUCCUAUGCCGGGCAAAUACGAAUUAGUGGUGGAAACUUAUAAAGACAAAACACCACGAGAGACAAUUAAGGGAUAUCUGAGCGAGUGGAAGUCUUGGAAAGGAGAGAACCAUACAGCAGUGACAGAGCUGUUUCAGUGUCUCCGUAACUGUAAACGAGAUGACAUUGUCUAUGAAAUAUGCAACAGACUUAGAAGCGAUGUUGGUGACUUAUGUGUGGACGCUGAAGGUAAUGUGAUUGAAAAUCACACCUACAACAGAGCCCAGAACAACUUUUGCCAUGACAUUGCUGACGUUUUUCCGUGUAUUAAAAAGACAGAAAAAACACAAAUUGAAAAAGGGGAGAAUCUUGAAACAACAAAUAAACUGUUAGAAGCCCAGACCAACAUGGACCCUCAUACCACUAGCGCCGUGUUUCAGGGGAGAACCUACCCUACUGCUCCUGUGCCCGACGAGACCAAUGGUCUCCUCACAGAACCUGAAGUGCAUUUUCAUCGCCAGUAUUCUCAACCUGUGCAGGCAACAACAUGAUAUGCCCCAGAAGUACAUCAUCUGUCUACAAGCUAUCACUGCACUUCCUUCCAUUCGUUAACAUGGAUGUGGAAGAUUAUUGCAUUCUGGAAACCUGUCUGCAAUAGUGGUUACCAUUUCUAUUAUUUGCUCACGGGGACAACAUCCCAUGACUUGUUUUAUACAGUGUGAAUGGUCAUUUAAUGUGAAAAGUCGCAUCAAGUGUCUAGUUAAUACCCACAGACUUCCAACGUAGUAAUGUGACAAGAUGUAGAGUCUAUUACGGAGUAAUGCUUUUUGACAGUGCAAUAGUUUCACUAUUGAUCUAGUUACUUAUGAUGAAUGUAAAGCACAGUCAUGAACUGAUGUACAGUCACGUGUGUAAAACCAUGAACAGAACAGUGUUCAAACAUACUUUUAUGGUAUAUCUGUUCUGCUAUGCUGCAGAGAACCUCUUCAUCCAUCUUGACAGGAAACCAGUCCAGUUGUGACGAUUGCAUAUCAACAAUAGCACAGUAUGCAUUUCACCGAGUGGUAGCAACGAGUCGUCCUGUAAUACUUUGGACGGGGUGGUUUAGGAGAAGAAAGAGAUUCAAAACAACCGUAAAAUAUUAUUGCAUGUUUUCUUUGAUUGCUGGAUAUACAUAUUGAUCUUGGUGUUUAUCUUGGUGUUACAAAGCACAGGCUACAUACUUCUAUCGGCAAGAUGCACAUCUUGGGUUCAGUUUGCUUUUUGGUACUGUGGUGAUACGAUUUCUUCUGUGGUGACCAGUCCUCAGUGACGCGACACAGUCCAAGUGUCCACUACGAUGCAGGAUGGUUCCUUCAGUAAGUGCUACCUUCUUGGGGUUCUUGGUUAUUUAAGGCCCCUUAGGGAAUCAGCUAAGAAAGUUAGCCCCACGACAAAAAAACACACACUCGUGCACAUACACACACGCAUAUGCGUACACGUAAACACAUAC